GUGUAAAUUGAGAAUAUUCAACUAAUUCCCAUUUCACCUUUGCCAACAUAUGCUUCCUGUGUUGUUCCAUAAUUAAUUAUCUUUAUUAUUUGUUAUUCAUUUCUUUGGACCCGAUACUUGUUCCUACGUGUACUACGCAGUAUCUAUCCACGAUGAUCCAUCUCGGCCGUGCCCCACAUAAAUACUCGGGUCAUAUAACCGAGGUGCUUUAGUCAUGUUCCGUCGCGUCGCGAUCCCUUCUUAGUAGUUCUUACUACAAAUGUAUUACUACAAAUGUAUAAAUGUACUUAUUAGGUUGCCAUCUGCCUAUAUGAUAUAUCUAUUCUAACCAACAACUUCCUCUUAUGACUUGUCAAAACCUAUCUAUUAGGCGCCUAGCUGCCUUAUCCUCCCGGAUAAAAGCUCCCACCGCUAAAACGGGUGUCGUGUCGGGCCAAACUCAGCUCGGUGCACGGAGAUGUCUACACGGCACAGCUUCCCGUCAUACCGACGGCGUAUUUGGUGGUCUUAGGGGUGAUGGUCUACCGUUGCGCUUGCCAACCCCGUGGAUAGAAGCGUGGAGACUACAGCAGCAAGGGAAGAGUGUAGCCUCCGUUGAGGCAAGCACGCAGAAGCGUGAUCUUACCCCGAAGAAGAUGAGUGAUAGUUAUCAUCGAGUUGUGCUCCCACUGGGCCGAGAUCCUUGGCUUACCGAUACAUAUAUCAACUCUUCUGGUCAUAUAAGGCUAGGCACUAUAUUUAUGGAUCUAGAUGCAUUAUCUGGGGUCAUCGUGUACAAGCACACUGGACCUGGCGUUACGACCGUGACAGCGGCGCUUGACCGCAUUACCAUCGCCCAUCCCUUGACCGAGAUUUGUGAUCUUGAAUAUAGUGGUCAGGUAACUUACGCAUCAGGGAGAAGUAGUGUGGAGAUUACCUGCAGGGUGGCCAGAGCCAGGGAUGAGGGUGAGCCAAGCAGACCCGAAGAUGUGUUGAUGACAUGCACCUUCACCAUGGUAGGCUUGGAUCCCAUAACCAAGAAACCCAUCAACAUGCCGGCACUAGUUUGUUCGACGCCGGAAGAAGAAAGUAUAUUCAAAGCUGGAGAGGCCAAGGCCCUAGCCAAGAAGAAGCAACUCAAGAAUUCGUUACUCGAAACGGAACCGAACGACCCUGAGUCGGCUCUUAUUCAUAAGAUCUGGCUGAAACAACUUGCCUAUCACGACCCCAAUAAUGACACCCGUCAGCCGUCUAAUGUAAUUCCUAUGUCGGGCACUCAACUCUCGACGGCAUCCAUUAUGCAGCCGCAAUACCGCAAUCGUCAUCAGACUAUGAUUUUCGGUGGGUUCCAUCUAAAACAGACCUUCGAGUUAGCCUUCUGCUGUGCUGCGAGUUUUGCGCACGCGCGGCCGACCUUUAUCAGCGCGGAUCCUUGUACUUUCCGCAAUCCCGUUCCCGUCGGCAGCGUGCUGUAUCUCACUGCAACGAUUGUAUACACCGACCCACCGCUCUUAGACGAGGACGGAACCGAGCCACAGCACAAAGACCCGAAGAAUCCAAUGACACGUGUGCACGUCAGGGUGGAUAGCAAGGUUCGAGAUGUUGAGCAUGGGCACGCCAAACCGACGGGCCAGUUUAACUACACCUUUUCAGUGCCUAAAGACGUUAAAGUCUUACCCCACACCUAUCAAGAAUAUAUGUACUACAUAGACGCAAGGAGAAGAGUGCAGCUUGGAGAUGUACAAGAUCGCCAGGAGCAGAAAACCUCCAAGCUACAACAGCCACUGUCUCGGUCAGCUGAUCACGUUAACCUUACAGAGUAGGAUCCAAAUACAGCCUUAUGCUUUUAGUCUAUGUAUGCCCCUGUAGCUACCUCAGGAUCCUUACGAAUAUUAGCCGCUAUAGAAAAAGGGUGGAAUUUCUGCUUUGAAGGCACUGUUGCUCAAAUAUUAGAAAGGGGGCCCACCGCCCACAACACAUCUAUCAAGUUACUGCGUCGGGGUAGUGAAACAUAUAUAUCAUCACGAGAAAUAUGCACGAUCAUGCCGGUUUCUAUUAAAUAGGGUUGAUACGCUUACCUACCCUAGGUAGGCAGGCUAGAGGGCGCUUAAGGCACGUUAUGUUAUAUCCAUGCACAAGUUACUAGGUAUUAUCAAGACUUCCGUGCUUGCAAGUUGCUAAAAUAUAUUGCCUGGUGGUAGACUUUUAUGUAGAUACCCCAGAUACGAAGUUUAUAUUGGCCCAAGACAGCCGACUGAUCAAUCGUAAGGCAAGCAUCAAUAAGAGUUGACCGGGUUGUAUGUCUUCUUCUUUUCUGGCCUCACCUACAUGAUCGUAUAACUUGGAGUUUUGGUGAAAGAGAGAGAAGCAUCUUACAACCAUGAACAUGUCAAACCACUCACUUACUUGUGACAUCUAGAAGACAUGCUUACAUGUGAGUUUUGAAAUGUCUUUCCACGAUGUUGAUGGUGUUGUAGUGUAUGUAGGUAUGUAUUCAACAUUGAAUGUUGAAGUUGAAG